AAAACUUUUGUUUGACAACACUUGCAGCUAGCAGUAGAUAGAAAGUUCAAAUUUGAAUUUUCCGCACCUAAUUUUACCUCUUCUUAAAAGAAAUCUGAAAUUUAGACUGAUUUAGACUUGUGAAUAAAUUUUCUAGCAUUCACAAUGCCUGCCUCUUCAAAUUUUACAUUGCUAACUAGGCUGAGGUUAUUCCAUACCAUGAGUGCGAUGAGAGGAGAACUUAACCAUCGUCAUCAUUCAUCUUCUUCCAUUAGAAAUCAAACAGACCGCAAUGACCUGAAGUCACGUCAAGCUGAAGUUAUGGCAAGAGGAUUACCAAAGAGAAAACCAAUAGUUGGAGUGAAUCAUAUUCUUCUUGUCGCAUCCGGGAAAGGGGGAGUAGGCAAGUCAACCAGUGCAGUAAACAUAGCCACAGCACUGAAAGCAGAGAAUCCAAACAAACAAGUAGGUUUAUUAGAUGCUGAUGUAUUCGGACCAUCUGUUCCUCUCAUGAUGAAUCUGGACGACUCUCCAUUAUUGGAUAAUGACAAUUUAAUGAUCCCACUCCAAAAUUAUGGUGUAAAAUGUAUGUCUAUGGGAUUCCUUGUAAACAAAGAUGCUCCAGUUAUAUGGCGAGGAUUAAUGGUUAUGCAAGCUCUUGAACGACUCUUGCGCCAGGUAGCAUGGGAUCCUGUUGAUUAUCUUGUAGUGGAUACUCCACCAGGCACAGGGGACACUCAUUUGUCUCUGGUUCAAAAUAUUCCAGUAUCAGGUGUGCUUUUAGUCACUACACCCCAAACAGCAGCAUUACAAGUGACUCAGAGAGGAGCAAAUAUGUUUAGAAAGCUUGAGAUACCUAUAAUAGGUGUGCUCCAAAAUAUGAGUGCAGUUGAGUGUCCAAAGUGCUUGAACAAAGUAUCCUUACAUAGCAAUUCAUCUGAAACCCUCAUAAGAGAUCUAGGUGUGUCAAUACUCGGGGAUAUUCCAAUAGACAGUACCAUCAGCCAGGGAUCUGACACUGGUGUACCUGUUGUGAUAUCACAUCCAAACGGAGCAGUGGCUACAGCCUAUCUUGAAGUGGCUCGGGAAAUAAUGAAACAGCUCGACAAAAAGUCAUAGGACAUUAAAUAUAACAAACCAUUUGUGUACAAUGUCUUGAUCAUGUUUUUACUCGUUAUCUGUAUCUGAAUUCAAUUUGAUUGAUUGAUAGAAAACAGAAAAUAAACUGAAAUAAAGCAACAAGUUACUUUCACAGUGACAAGUUGUUUUUAUUACUAA